GCCGUCAAAGUCAUGAGGAAGAUGGCGACAAACAGUGAGAAGAGGUCUCUGCAGGUGGAGAUAGACAUGCUGAGGGAGCUCGGCUGCCACAGACACCUGGUCUCCAUGCUCGCCUGGUGCCUGCAGGGUGACCAGCUGGCCCUUGUCCUGGAGUAUGUCCCAGGAGGAAAUCUCCAAGAGUUUCUCAGGAGUCAAAGACGGAAUGCUGCCGAAGAACACGCCGUUCAAAUGAGUGGUAGUGUAUGCAAGUCUGUGACAAGUUGUGAGAAGGAGACUGAGGUGGUUGGUGGUGGGUCUUUGACUGUAACUGCCCAACUCCAACUUGCCCGGCAGAUUACACUUGGAGUGGAGUACUUGGCCUCAAAGGAUGUUGUUCAUCGAGAUCUUGCAGCACGUAACAUCCUAGUCGGGCAAGACGGGAUUCUCAAACUGGCUGACUUUGGCUUGUCUCGUGAAGCGAAGGGAAAUGAAGGCUACCUGAUGAAGGGUGUGGAAGACAAGCUGCCGGUCAGGUGGAUGGCUGUGGAGUCAAUACUAGACAGAAAAUUCACUGUCAUGUCGGAUGUGUGGGCCUUUGGUGUUGUCCUGUGGGAGAUAAUGACCUAUGCUGCCUUUCCGUUUUAUCACCUCACAAAUCGAGAAGUCAUAGCCAGUGUGAAGGCUGGAGAGAGACUGGCACAACCAGACUACUGCCCCAGUGAAGUGUACAAGAUAAUGACAGAGUGCUGGAGUGAGGAGCCUAUUCACCGACCAACUAUCAGGAAUGUACGUGAGAUGCUGGACGAGCUACUGGACACUGGAGAGUACAUGCACUUCGCUGACAUGUCUGACUGUGACCCGGUGGCAGAGAGCACGGCUGUUGACAUUUUGCAUCAUAGCCUUCCACACAGACUCAACAACAUAGCCCGGCACCAUCAAGUGGUUCAGAGUGUG